CCUGUUAUGGCUAUGCCAGCAAGAAGCAGGCCUUUACCACAUCCUAGGCAAUAUGAAAGGGGAGCACCUGUUCCUUCAUACCCAAAAAGUAGCUUGAAAAGGGAAUAUAGCAGACAUGAUGAGCUACCUCCUCCAAGGAGCAGAGCAGCUGUUGAUUAUGGUUCCAGGGUAGUUCCUGAUAGGCGCUCAUCCUAUAGAGAUGAGUAUUCAUCUCGUGGCUCUAGUUACCCUGAUCUGCCAAGAGUGUCUUCUCGUUCAGCGGGAAGGAGACCUUAUAUAGAUGAUGGUUACGGACAAAGAUUUGAAAGGCCUCUAAGUUACCGGGAAGGACGUGGCCGUGACUAUGAUUCUAUUUCUGGCUCAAAACGUCCAUAUCCUGCCAUGGAUGAUGUUCCCCCUCGGUAUGCUGACCCUGGUGUUCGCCAUUCAAGAGCUCGUUUGGACUAUGAACUUGAUGGUAGUGCUCCUCAAUAUGGGGAUGCGUAUGGGGAUAGGCUUGGAAGAUCUAGUCUAGGAUAUGGAAGCAGCAGAAGUUCCAUGUCCAGUCAGGAUACACAUGGGCUUUAUGGCAGCCGUCAGGGCAUGGGUUAUGGAGGAGGUUCAUUUGGAGGCGGUGAUGUUGAUGGAAUGUACUCGAGCUAUGGCAGUGACUACAUGCCCCGUGGAAGUGAUGUUGGUGGUAGCUCAUAUUCAUCAGUAUACUCUAGUCGUAGCAUGGGUGGUAGCAGUUACAUGGGCGGUGGUGGUUCUGGAUCAUACUAUUGAUGUAAGUCAAACUGUUAUCUUGCUGGUUGUUCCUUUCAUUAAGAAUGUUUUAGAAGUUCUUUAUUUCUAUGCCUUAGUUUUUUUUCCUUCAUUUCGUUUUAAUUUCUGGGGAGUUGUGGUUCUCUGAAAAAAGUGAACAUCUUUUUACUUUCUGAGACGUAUAAUUCGAAAAAGAAAAGAAUGUAGCCGCCUUAAGGUUACAAGUGAUUGAAUUUAUCCAUGGAACAUUUUUGACA